AUGUUACCUACUUAUCAGCGAUUUAAUGCAUCAAGUUCGGGCAAAAUACGAUCUUUUCGAGCGUCUGAAAGAAUUUUAAUUUUUCUCGUAUUUAUAUCAUUUCUUAUAAUCGUUCUCUUUGGAUUUUUCUUACUUCCUGAUUUUGGAGGAACAAAUGUUAUACAAGCAUAUAAUAAGUUCAAGCAAGCAGGACCUGAAAUGUUUAUUCCUGCACCGCCAAUAGACAAGAAUCGUGAUAUAUUUGAUUUAGAUAAGCUUCGAUUAGAUCAAAAAAUCAAAUCUGAAUUAAAUGAUGUGGAUUUACUAGAAAAACCUGAAGUUCAAGAGCCUCCAAAAGUUCCGAUUGCUCCAAUUCCAGUGCCUGUUCAUAAUAAAAAUCAUCCGCAAACAAAGAAAGUAGUGACAACAGAGUCAAGUGAAUUAAUUUAUCAUGUUAAUGGCGCAGAUCAAGAUCCAACAGCACGAAAGAGACGAGACAAGGUGAAGGAAGUAACUUUACAUUUUUGUAACGUGAGAACUGUAUUUAUUGUAGAAUUAACAAACAAAAAAAUAAUCAAUAUGUCGAAUUCACCUUUAAUUUUAUCGGCAAUAACAGUUAUUGCAUUAACGGGAAUAACGCUAACUUCACUAAAGUACAACAAAAAUGGCAAUGAAGAUGAAAUAUUUGUUGAUAAUUACCAUGACUAUGAUGAUGACUUUAGUCUCAAUGGCACGCACCCAAACAUUUCACAAUAUCCAAAAAUUCAUUAUAAUAUCAAUCAAAAUGGGUCAGUUUUGAAUGAAAAAAGGGUCGUUAAGCGCUCAAAUGGCGCUAUUCGAAUUGAUUAUUCGAUUGUUGAUAAAAAUUUAUCGAUGAUAGAUGAAUCGCGGCGACAGAAGGUCAAAGAGAUGAUGCAACAUGCUUGGAGCAAUUACAAGCUUUAUGCUUGGGGUAAAAAUGAGCUUAAACCAAUUUCAAAGAGAGCUCAUACCGGGAGUAUAUUUGGCUCGUAUGAGCUCGGUGCAACAAUCGUUGAUUCUAUGGAUACUCUUUAUAUAAUGGGUAUGAAGGAUGAAUUUGACGAAGGACGAGAAUGGAUUGCUAAAGAAUUUACAUUAGAUAAUGUGUCUGCUGAUAUAUCAGUGUUCGAGACAAACAUUCGAUUCGUGGGUGGAUUGCUAGCAGCUUAUGCUUUAACGGGUGAUCCUAUUUUUAAGGAAAAGGCACAAUAUGUUGCAGAUAAGUUAUUGCCAGCAUUUCAAACACCAACUGGAAUUCCUUAUGCUCUUAUAAAUUUCCGAAGUGGAAGUAGUAAAAACUAUGGAUGGGCCAGUGGUGGAAGUAGCAUUUUAUCAGAAUUUGGAACAUUGCAUUUAGAGUUUGCAUAUUUAUCUGAUAUCACGGGAAAUUCAGUUUAUCGUGAACGCGUCAUGAAUAUCCGUUCAAUUCUUAAAGAUUUAGAGAAACCAAAAGGAUUAUAUCCAAAUUAUUUGAAUCCAAAGACUGGAAAAUGGGGUCAACAGCACAUGUCUCUUGGUGCACUUGGCGACAGUUUCUUUGAAUAUCUUCUGAAAUCUUGGCUUCAAUCAGGACAAACUGAUGAAGAAGCUAGAGAAAUGUAUGAUGAAGCAAUGGUAGCCAUAAUGGAACAUAUGGUGCGGAAAAGCAGUCCUGGUGGUUUGACUUAUGUCUCUGAUAUGAAAUUCGAUCGUCUCGAACAUAAAAUGGAUCAUUUGGCAUGUUUUGCUGGUGGAUUAUUUGGUCUUGGUGCGAGGACAUUACAAAAUCAAUAUGCUGAAAAGUAUAUGGAAGUAGCCGAAGGAAUAACUAACACAUGUCAUGAAAGUUACGUUCGAACGUACACACAUUUGGGACCAGAAUCAUUUAGAUUUAGUGACGCAGUCGAAGCCAAAGCAUUAAAAUCACAAGAGAAAUAUUACAUUCUUCGUCCAGAGACUUUUGAAAGUUAUUUCAUCAUGUGGAGAUUAACGCAUGAUCAAAAAUAUCGUGAUUGGGGAUGGGAUGCUAUACAAGCACUUGAAAAGCACUGUAGAUCCGAUGGAGGCUAUAGUGGCAUUAAAAAUGUUUAUCUUGAGCCACCUCAACAAGAUGACGUCCAACAAAGCUUUUUCUUAGCUGAAAGCUUAAAGUACUUAUAUUUGUUAUAUUCUGACGAUUCCUUACUACCAUUAGACGAGUGGGUAUUUAAUACAGAGGCUCACCCACUUCCAAUCAAAAACUCUAAUCCACUUUAUCGAUUAGCCUCACCAUCAAGUUCGCCUUAAAUUAUUUAGGAAUGAUAAAAGUGUAUAAAGAUUAAUUAAUUCUAAUUAAUUUUGUUGAGAGUUGCAUUAAGGAUGGAAAUAUGAAGAAAAAUAGGGAAAAUUAUUUAAAUGAAUAUAUAUAAUUAAAAUUGACUAACUUAAUUUGUAAAUGAAUAAUAAGGGGUCAUUUACAAGUGACAUUAAUCUUACUGAGUAUCCAUAAAAUAUUGACGUCAUAUGUAAAUGGUUCCUAUAAAAUAUGAAUUCAUCUCAUAGAUGAUUUCCUUCUGACAAAUUCUAAACUUUUACCCAAAAACGAUAUUUUUUGUUUUAUUCUUUAAAAAACUCGUAUCGAUUUCUUCCUUCUUGCCAAUUUAUGUACAUUUUUUCUCUCUCUCCUUUGUUUCCCUCUAGACAUACUUAUAUUGCAAUUCUUCAAUAAUGCACAGUAAAAAUGUUUUUGUAAUUUUUUUGCAAAGGUUUUUUGGUAGCUGCAGAAAAAUCAAUAAUGUAGAAAUUUUGCAUGAAAAUACAGCAGAAAUAAGCACUGCUAAAGUUUUACUUUCCUUCCGAUUUCUAAGUAGAUUUUCGUUCCUUUUUAAAUCUUGAUUAGUUUAGAGAAUAUUCGAUAACAAAUUAAUAAACCAUCACACUUAUGAUUCUCGUGAAUGCACCAAAAAAAAAUAACAUUAGCCAAUUUUUAUAGGAGAAAUUGGAGGAUCAAUAAUCGUCAAAAAUAUCUAUAGAAUGUUUUCACAAUAUAUAGCAAAAUAUUACACAUCAAUUUAACCUCGGAUAUUGUGCAAUAAAAAUUAGGAUAUGCGAAAAUACAAAAACUGUCAGUUUGUGAAAUGAUAUAACAAAUAUUUUUAAGCAUUUCUUUUUACCCUUAAGGUUUUAGGGGUAGAUUAAAAAUAUUGCUCAAAUUCAUGAAAAAAGGACGACAAGAUCUUUUUAUCAUCCCUCAAAGCGUUUUGUUACGAUAUGGUGUAAUCUAUAUAAAAACACACCUCCAUAGCUUCAUUGAAAAUAUGCUUCAAUUUAAUUCGGUCUUUCUGACAUUCUAAAAUGUCAUUGUUAAGAAUUUUUCUCGAAGAUCAAAGUCGAAAACCUUUAAAUAAUUCAUCUUAACAAAUGUUCAAGUCAAAUCCAUCCACAAACAGAACAAGAAGAGCAAAAAACUUGAAUUCCAAACAAAGAACUGUGAAGCACGUCAUAAUUGAGACACUUAACAAAAUAAGUGACAAUUAAAAGUUGUUAAUUAUUCACUAAUUGAUAGUUUUUGUGAUUUUCGUACAAAAAAAAAAUUCCAUUUCUCAAGACAUGUAGAAGGUUGGGGGGAUGUAGAGAAGUAGUAAUUGAUUUUCUUCUAAUGAAAAAAACGGGAAGAUUUAUUGUGAAAAUGUGCCAAGUAUAAAAAUAUUAAAAGUCCUUCCAUUAUUUUUAUUAAUAAAGAUUUUAAAAAAAAAACUUAUUAAAAUCGUAAGUCUGUCUAUGUUUGAGCAGUGAAAACGAUGGUCUAAAAUAGAACGAAUUUAGAUUAAAUGUUGUGUGAUCUGCUAAUCAAGAGUUCAAUUAGAUAUGAAACGACAUUUUCACAACUUUUGAUUUCUAUUUUCUAAUCUGAGUUUUUUAUAUGCUAAUGUGCGAUAUUAGUCUCGUCAAUUUUCAUUAUUUCCUACUAUGACUUUAACUUUUUUUUUGUUAAUUC